AUGGAUACCAUACAGAGGAAAAUGCAGGAUAUUCCACUUCUUAAUUUCAAAGCAUCAAUAGUUUGGACAAUGUUUCGAAUUGGUAGAUAUAGUGGGCCUAAAAUAGGAAGAAAGUCACUUACACAGACACCAACCCCACCAAAAAAAAGAAAGAAGAUCAAAGUUACAGUGCCUGAAGAACAAUAUGAUGAUGGUAUAAACCAUUAUCCUGAAUCAAUUGCUUAUAAUAUUGAUCCAAAUCGUACAGAUAAUGUAUCUAAUAAAAUAGUACAAAGUGAUGAAGUUGAUCUUUCAAAUGAAAAUGUGCAAUCUACUAAUCAUGAUAAUAUUGACAACAGUAAGAUUGAUUUUGAAAUCAUUACAUUACAUGAGACAGACAUUAUUGAUUAUAAAACAGUACCAAUAACUUCAAAUUUAAUUGUAAAUGAUCCUACAAUUAAAUUGCCAACAAAUCGUCUUGAAUUUAAAGAACGUAUUCAUCAAGGUCCAUAUCGCCCAAUUUUAAACAUAUAUCCAAAAACUUUACAAGGAAGUACUAUGCGAUCAUUUCAAAAGUCAUGGUAUGAUCUUUAUAGUUGGUUAGAGUAUAGUCCUGUUGCUGAUGCGGCCUUUUGUUUUUCUUGUCGGUGUUUUAAUGGUCAUGAAAAAAAUAGUGGUCAAAUUGAAAAAACUUUUAUUACAACAGGGUUUAAUAGUUGGUAUAGGGCAACAACAAAAUUUAAGAAACACCAAUUAUCUAAGUUCCAUAUAAACAGUAUAGCAGCUAUGGAUCAUUAUUGUUCUAAUAAAUCAAUUGAUGAAAUAAUUGACAACAGUGUGACUUUGCAAUUAAGUAAAAAAGAAAAUGAGAGGUUAAAAAAUAGAGAAGUGAUGAAACGUUUAAUCGAUGUAAUUAUUUGUUUAACAAAAAGUGGUAAACCAUUACGUGGUCACGAUGAAUCUUGUACCAGUCAUCAAAAAGGUCUAUUUUUAGAAGUAAUUUAUUUAUUAUCAAAAUAUGAUGUAACAUUAAAGUCUCAUUUAGACAAUGGCCCAAAAAAUGCAAUUUAUUUAACUGAUGAAACAAGUGAUGUGGGCCAUCAUGAACAAUUGUCUGUGGUUUUUCGCUAUUUUGAUAUUAUUUUAAAUCGUCCAAUUGAGACAUUUAUCACUUUAAAACGUUUGUUUUCUGUAAAUGCAGAAUCUAUUUUUAAUACACUGAAUGAUAUUAUUACUUGUGAAUUUGAAUUGGAUUGGAGUAACGUAGUUGCAGUAUGCUUUGACGGAGCUGCAACUAUGGCUGGUAGUAGUAAUGGUGUACAAGCAAAGUGUAAACGUAAAAAUGAAAACAUUUUGCAAGUGCAUUGCUAUGCACAUUGUCUUAAUUUAACAUUAAUUGAUGCAGUUUGUGCUAAUAAAGGGAGUCCAUCAAGGCAUGCAAUUUUCGAAAAAAUUGCCAAAGAAAAUGGCGUCAAAUUACAAACAUUGAAAUCAUGUUCUCAGACAAGAUGGGCUUGUCGCGCAGAAGCAGUUAAUGCAAUUAAGAACAAUUAA